UUGUUGCCGACCUAGCGAAUCUUCAAAAAGAUCUUUUCAUGGGGCACCAGAGGAAUCCCGCACCUUCACCGGCAUUUGAGUGUUUACAUCGGGAGAAGAAAAAACUUAUAAACAGUGCGCGUAAAGUUGCCGAGGGUCGAGCGAUAAUCUCAACCAUGGCUCCACGUACAGUAAAAAAAAUGUUAUUUAAUUCAAACCUAUUUAACAUCGACGGUAUCCCCAUGAAAUUUUACCUUGAAGGGUACGAUGAAUACCAGUCCCAUCAGAUUUCUAAGAUUAUCGAGGCUCAUGGUGGAAAAUUCUCGUUACCCGAUACUGACACCAUUGUUUUCUCGGAACCUGGACAUUACGCACAUACCGAUCGCCGCAGAUUUCACCUGAAGUGCCUGCGAGACAGUAUCGUACAGAACAAACUGCAAGAUAUCAAUAAAUAUGCACUACCAUGGAGAAUAACUCAGGCUCCAAAAGCCAGUGCCCGGUCAGUCACCCCCAAAAUAUCUAAAUCAGAGAUUGAUGAAAAGCCAUCGCAGGAGACGCUGAUUCCUCCACCAUCUACGCGAAAACUGCGAAGUUGUUCACUCCGUGAACCCUACGUUCUAAUUCAAGACUGUAUCACUACUCACGGAGCUAUCUUCAAACAAUCAAAACUCAACAAUUCAAGUACAACUGAAUCACAGACCAGCAGAAAUUGCACCGAGAGAGAACAAUCGAGUGUGAUAUCAAGUUCCCAGAGUAACCUAACUCCUUCGUUUGUCCAGUCGAAAACUGCUGACAAACCAUCUCCCAUUGCUAUUAAACCCAGAAAUGUCGCCGUUAAACGUCUAACGAACUUUCGCUCUUGUGGCCUUUUUCCCCGUCCAAAACCCGCCCUAGAAAAUGGUGAAGUUGGAACAAGAAAUGAGAAACGAACGGGAAAGAAUCAACGAUCAUCUCCACCGAGAUCCCCAAGAGGACAAUCUCCGGGCGUUGAAAUAAUCACAGAAGUUCAGAAACAGUCGCCGGUUGUCAAAGAAAUAAUUGUGAUAAGCGAUUCAGAGGAUCUAAGCAAUGGGAAUGCAGAAAAAAACGGUCCGAAGCCUUCGAAGACAGACCUGCAAUCUCCGGAGCCGUCUAUCGACGUGAAAAGUUUGACAAACUUUGAUGGACCAAAUUCGUAUGCUGUGUGGUCCAGGGCUGGCCCACCAGGACCCCCCAAUCUCAGUGACUCCGAUGGUGGAGGUGGUACGAAUGAAUCAAAAGUGAUGAACGUCAACGAUAUCAAGGAGGAGGAAGACUGCACAAAACGAAGGACUAGGGAUCACUUAGGGCGAUUUCAAUAUUAUGAAUGGUACACCUCGGAUUCAGAUGAAGCAAGUUCAAACAAAUCCAGGGGUAAGAAGAUGAAGAAGGGGAGAAAGAGCUCUUACGAAUGUGAUCGAAGUUACAGGACCAACAAACGUAAAACUCAUCGAUACACAUAUGAGGAUAACAAGAAGAUGAUUCAGUAUUUGAUUGAAAAUGGAUUGGUUACUAAAGCCCGUCAACUGCACACUUGGAUCAAAUUUUCAAUUAAAAAGAUUCUACCAAAUCCAGUGAGAACACCUGCGUCUCUGAAAAGACAUUUUGAAAAUGCCUUGCUCUUCGAUUUCGAGAAAUAUACCGAUGAUUCUAAUGCUAUAGAGCAAUUCACCAAACUCAGGGCCAAAUCAACUUAGUUAUUUCAAUGAAGAGACAAACACAAGGGAAAAAAAGAGAUUAAGUAAUCAGAAUGUUGCGUUAUUAUUUCGUACAGAGUAUAUUUUUGUGUCAUAGAAGUUUUUUUUUAUUAUUCCGAGGAAGUAUUAAAGAUACAAAGGAAUUUAAGCCGAAGAUUGUCACAAAAGGAAUCUGUGAAUUCAUCCUUGAAUAGCAAUUUUGUAUACAGCAGUUGAGAAUGUAUGCCAAUGCUAUUCACCAAUUUUUAUUAUUUUUAUAUAGAAGUAUCAUUUACAACUCCAAAGCAAGUUUCCACCAAUUAAUUUAUGUUUCAACUGAUUAUUAUGGUGAUGACACUUAUAAACAUAGAAAAAUGUAUCACAUGUAAUUUUAUUUUUUUACUGUAUACGCGAAACACAGUAUUCCAAACUUUAAUGACAAUAAACAAAACUCUCAUAGUGCA